UAGAAUGGCUACCCUGAAAAUUUGAGAAGGUUCUCUUUCUCUCGCGUGUCACAAAACGUGUAUGUUGCUGUGUAAAAUAAUUUACAAAUCGCAGCCAUGGUGCGAAUGAAUGUUUUGAGCGAUGCUCUGAAAUCAAUUAACAAUGCAGAAAAACGUGGUAAAAGACAAGUUUUACUGCGUCCUUGCUCUAAAGUAAUUAUCAAAUUUUUAGGGGUUAUGAUGAAACAUGGGUACAUAGGAGAAUUUGAAAUAGUCGAUGAUCAUCGUAGCGGAAAAGUAGUUGUCAAUCUUACUGGAAGAUUAAAUAAAUGUGGAGUUAUAUCCCCAAGAUUUGAUGUACCAAUUAACGAUAUAGAAAAGUGGACCAAUAAUCUUUUGCCAUCUAGACAGUUUGGAUAUGUCGUAUUAACAACCAGUGGUGGCAUCAUGGAUCAUGAAGAAGCAAGGAGGAAACAUCUGGGAGGAAAAAUUCUUGGAUUUUUCUUCUAAUUUUUGUUUAUUUAAGUAAAUAAAAUUUCUUAAAACACUAA